AUGUACGGGUGGUUACUUGAGAGUGUGCAGCAUUUUAUUGUUGAAGAAUGUGGAGAAGAAAUAUGGGAAACUAUUCUUCGGGAGGCAGGGGCCAGGAACACUGUGUUCCUUACAAGACAGCAAUAUCCGGAUACACUCAUGCCACGAUUAGCAUGUGCUUUGGCCAGAUUACUAACAAAGGACCCUCUCAGUCCAGCCACUUCUAAUCCUGGAAGUCCAGCGCCGAGGAAACUGUCUUUUAAAUCCAAACCGACAUGGCGUAGUUCUUCAGUCCAUGGCGACAAUCGAAACCAAACAUUCAAAUGCCCAUUCACAGCAACAAACGCUCUAACAGCUGUUACAAAGAAAGAAAUACAUGCUUAUACCUCUUCCGAAGAGAUUCGGUCACCAACACACGGCUCCACACUAUCUACUAACAAGAUAAGUGAAAGCGAAGAGCUAAGUUUGGUUCCAGCAUCCGUCAAUGUAAGGGACAGGCGUAGUCUUGGUGUACACUUGGAACAUUCCAUUUGUAAGGAAGAUAAGGAUGUGUCUGAAGAAAUCAUACCUGAGACUACUGAAAUCACCGAAAACACUGAAAAUAAUGAAGAUGCCCCAAGUACUAGUGCUUCUCCUGCACGAAGGAGCUCUCUAAAACCUGCUAUAAGAAAAAACAGUUGCACUGUAGCCUUGGAUAUUCAUAAACGCCGUGGUUCUACAGUUUCACUGCGACCCAGACUAAAUAGUUUAAGUUUAGUGAAUGCAGAUAGACUGAACGCGUUAAAGGAAAAGCUUGGCACCCCUGAAAAGGUUAUGCAUUUCUUUGGAAGAUGUUUUGUGAAAUUCUUUUCUAACUAUGGCUAUGACACAAUGAUUAGAGCAACAGGCAGGUAUUUCUGCACGUUUCUCCAAUCAGUGGAUAAUAUCCAUCAACGUAUGCGGUUCACGUUCCCGCGUAUGCGAUCUCCUUGUAUGCAACUGACGAGGGCGCACAUCCACGGUGCGGAACUACGCUACAGUAGUACCAGAGCUGGAUACACGUACUACCUAAUGGGCCAGUUAUACGAGAUCGCUGAAGACAUUUUCUCAUUAAAAUUGAAGGUGUCCAUUGUGAAGGAAAGCUUAGAAGGGAACUAUUACGUAGCCGUAUUGAGACUGGAAUUCGACAAUAGCGACUACGUUCAAUCUCUGAUGGCUCGGAAAUCACAGCCAUGUCUCCUCCCUCAAGUGCCAGUUUCACUCCUGCUCCAGUUGUUUCCCUUUGGAGUCCUGCUGGACAGAAAGAUGAAGAUUCUGAAAGCUGGUGACAAGUUAAUGGAAGCGUGGGGAGGUCCUCACAAUCGCAUUGAAAAAUCAUCUAUCAACGAGGUUCUUCGUUUAAGAAAGCCUAAAGUUACAUUUACAUGGGAUAAAGUGGUAUGUAUGCAGACAAUAAUGUUUGAGCUGGAGUUAAUGCGAUGGCGAGCACGUUGUAUCAAUGACUCCAGGCGAGGAUCACAGGGAGCAAGAGCUAUCUUACUGAAAGGCCCCAUUUAUUUCCUAGAGGAAAUUGAAGCUCUUAUAUUCUUAUGCAGUCCUAUCUUCAACGAUCUUGAAGAGCUAAAACAGGCAGGACUCUACUUAGCUGAUAUGAAUGGCCAUGGAUUGUCAAAGGAGAUGCUAUUACAGGGCUGGCAACAUCUCUCUCGUUUGGAACUUCUAUUCGAAAAGGCAGAAAGCAGAAGUCUUACGUUGGAAAAAUCCUGUAGACUUGUAGAACAGUGGAAAAAGCGAGGAGAUCAGCUGUUGUACUCAAUGAUCCCCAAAACCAUUGCUGACCAACUUAGAUCUGGAAAUCCUUUGCCUCCCAUGAAAUUCGAUUCUGUAACUAUUAUGUUCUGCGGUCUCCAACUAACGGAAACUAUAACCCGAGCUGAUGUGAUGCAGACUGUAGCUUACAUGAACGACGUAUACUCUAGGAUCGAUCGCCUACUGGAUACACAUCGCGUUUAUAAAGUAGAAACUGUAGGUACAGUGUACAUGGUAGUGUCUGGAGCGCCGAAGAAAAAUCGUGCGCACGCGCAAGCUACUGCAAGUGCUGCGUUAGCUGUUUCGCAGGCGUUACCUAUGCUUACUAUCGGUCUUCACAGUGGGCUGUGUUAUGCCGCCGUACUUGGACUCCGACAACCACGUUAUUGCUUGGUCGGCGAUACAGUUAAUACUGCAAGUCGGAUGCAAACCACUAGCGAACCCGGUCGCAUACAGAUAUCAUCGCAAACUGCUGCACAACUACCAGCUGGAAAGUUUAGGCUUCGGCGUAGAGGCCUAACUAAAGUAAAAGGGAAAGGUAUGAUGGAGACGUUCUGGCUCGAAGGAGAAAUCGAAGAAGAGGAGCAGGAUGAGGCUUUGCAAUUAUUGGCCGAGCUUUGCGGUGGAGAC